AUGGACAGUCACUACAACAACUAUGACGCCGAGAAGGCGCACGACUAUGAGACUGGAGAGAAUCAAAUCGGGUCGGCCACCGUCGCUGGGGAAGCCCAGAGAGGUGGAGAAACACAUAGAGGACUGAAGAGUCGACAUAUCCAAUUCUUGGCACUCGGUGGUGCUAUUGGCACGGGUCUGUUCGUUGGUUCGGGAGGCAUCCUCGCAACCACAGGCCCCGCUCCCUUGUUCAUGGCUUAUUUGUCCAUGAUGCUCAUCGUCUACAAUGUUAUGAAUAAUCUGGCGGAAAUCGUCACGUAUCUGCCAAUGAGUGGUAUUACCAUCCCCUACUUUGUCAAGCGAUUCGUAGACCCGAGUUUGGCCUUCGCAGCUGGAUGGAAUUAUUGGUAUGCGUACGCAAUUCUUGUCGCUGCUGAAGCAUCCGCUGGUGGUAUCCUGUUGGCUUAUUGGGCGCCUAAUGUCAACAAUGCAGUAUGGACCACUAUCUUCCUCGUCCUCGUCUUGUUCCUCAACAUUGUGGCUGUUGAGGUCUUCGGAGAGUCGGAGUUUUGGUUCGCCAGCAUCAAAUUCAUUACUAUCAUGGGACUUAUCAUCCUCGGAUUCGUUAUCAUGCUCGGAGGUAGUCCAAACGACCAAGGAAGACUCGGCUUCAGAUAUUGGAAUGACCCUGGAGCAUUCAAAGAAUACCUUGUCCCGGGCAAUACCGGCAAAUUUCUAGCCUUCUGGACGGCCUUCGUGAGGGCUGGUUUUGCCUUCAUCACCUCUCCCGAGCUGAUUGCGCUUUCCGCUGGAGAGACUGUUGCUCCCCGCCGCAACAUUCCCAAGGCUGCUGGCCGUUUCGUCUGGCGUUUGGCUGUCUUCUACGGACUCGGCUCCUUCAUCAUCGGCGUCAUUGUUCCCUCCAACGAUGGCAAACUUCUGAGCCCUGAUUCCAAUGCCUCGGCAUCGCCCUUUGUCAUUGGUAUCCAGCGUGCUGGAAUCUCUGGUCUCAACCAUGUCAUCAACGCUGCCAUUUUGACCUCUGCCUGGUCUGCCGGAAAUGCCUUCCUGUUCUCCGGUUCGCGUAUCCUCUACGGUAUGGCUCUCGAUGGCAACGCGCCAAAAUUCUUCGGUCGAACAUCCAAGAAGGGUGUCCCAUGGGCUGCCGUUCUUGCAACCUGGGCAAUCGGCCUUCUCGCUUAUCUGAACGCCUCCAACACCGGUGCGCAGGUGUUCACCUGGUUCGCCAACAUCUCCACCAUCUCUGGCCUUAUCGCUUGGAUCGUCUGCAUCAUCACCUACAUCCGCUUCCGCAAGGCCAUGGUCUACCAAAACCUCCUCCACACUCUCCCCUACAGGACCCCCCUCCAGCCAUACUUGGCGUACUUCACCCUUGUCGUCCUCAUCAUCCUCACCCUCACCAAUGGAUUCCAAGUCUUCUUCCCCGAGAAUUGGAACGUAUCCGACUUUUUGGCCGCCUACAUCACGCUUCCAAUCUUCUUUGUGCUCUACGCUGGACACAAGAUCUUCUACAGGACGCGCUUCGCCAUCCCAAUCCCUGACAUCGAUGUCAUCAGCGGAAAGAGGGAGAUGGACGAGCUGUGCGCUAACGACCAUGCACCAAUCCCGAAGAACGUCUGGCAGAGGAUUUGGUUCUGGAUUGCUUGA